AUGGAAAGGCUGAGAGAGAGACUAUACGCUUUGAACAAAUUGGAUGAACGAAGGAUGAUGGCUCAGUGGGUGACAGAAACAGCCCAGAAAAGACGGAAGGGUUGGCACGACAAGCAUCUUCGGCGAAUGAAGUUUACUUCUGGGCAGUUGGUGUUGAAGUUCAAUGGAAGGAACGAAAUCAAACCUAGGAAAUUUACAGUGCGAUGGCUAGGGCCCUUCAAGGUACGCGAGGUCAAUACCAAUGGAGCAAUUAAGUUGUGGACGUUGGACGGGGAAGAGAUACCAGACGCCGUCAACGGGUCGAAAUUAAAAGUUUACCAUGAACGGAGGGAGCCUGGACCAUCCAGUCAGGAUGCUUGA